AUGGAUAUUGCAACAGGUCUGGUGUCACUGGAGCGCCUCUCCGUGGGAGAACAGUCCGAGACGUGCAUCAUGCUGGACGGCAUAAAAAUUGAAGACCAUCCCCUGCGAUCUGGACAAGCCACGCUCGGAGUCAUGCUCGGGACUGACUGUCACCAUCCAUCCGUGUGUGAAGGAUGCCAGCGUCCCAUCUCCGACCGCUUCCUGAUGAGGGUCAACGACUCCUCAUGGCACGAGGAGUGUUUGCAAUGCACCGUGUGUCAACAGCCCCUCACCACCAGCUGCUACUUCAGAGAAAGGAAACUUUACUGCAAACACGACUACCAACAGUUGUUUGCAACCAAGUGCAGCGGCUGCCUGGAGAAGAUCGCCCCAACGGAGUUUGUGAUGCGAGCCCUGGAGUGCGUCUAUCACCUGAACUGCUUCUGCUGCUGCGUGUGCGACCGGCAGCUGAGGAAGGGCGACGAGUUUGUCCUGAAGGAGGGUCAGCUGCUGUGCAAGAUCGACUAUGAGAGGGAGAAGGACUUACUCAGCUCGGUUAGCCCGGAUGACUCAGACUCAGAGAAAAGCGAAGAUGAGGAGUUGGAUAUCAAGCAGGAGAAAGGCAUAGGAGGCCAGGGGAAGGGGGAUGAUGGGAAGGAUCCCAGGAGGCCCAAAAGACCACGAACCAUCCUGACCACUCAACAGAGACGGGCCUUUAAGGCCUCCUUUGAGGUCUCCUCAAAACCCUGCAGAAAGGUGAGGGAGACGCUGGCUGCAGAGACAGGACUCAGUGUUCGGGUGGUGCAGGUGUGGUUUCAGAACCAGAGAGCUAAGAUGAAGAAGUUGGCAAGAAGACAGCAGCAACAACAAGAACAACAGAAUUCUCAGAGACUUGGCCAAGGUACGAGACUGUACUUACCCUGCACACACAAUGGAAGAUCAUUGUCUCAAAAGGUGAUGUCCAAUCGGAUGGAGGGGAUGAUGAACUCCUUCACACCGCUGGCUCCGCCGCAGCAGCAGCUGGUCGCCAUGGAUCAGAACGGUUACAGCACAGACCCGUUCCAACAGGGACUCACCCCCCCACAGAUGCCCGGGGACCACAUGAACCCAUAUGGUAAUGAUUCUGCGUUCCAUGACAUAGACAGCGACACGUCUUUAACCAGCCUCAGCGACUGCUUCAUGGCAUCGUCGGAUGUCAACUCCAUGCAGGCCCGCGUGGGAAACCCCAUCGAUCGCCUCUACUCCAUGCAGAACUCUUACUUUGCAUCAUGAAAGAGCAGAGUGAAACAAAUCAGCACAGAAUAAACUGCCCAUCUCAACCUGAAGCGCGACGGCCAGGAGUUUCCACACCAACACGGACACGACGGGAGAGACCUUGCAGUAGCUCCUGGUUAUGUGCUGAAGCUUACUCAAAGAUAGUAAAACCACUUGAUGUAGGACAGCGAUGAUUCCUGGGGAAAAGACUUAAAUAUUGUUAGAGAUUAUUCAGUAGGAUUGCUUAUCUGUCACAGAUGAUAUUAGUCUUUUCUUUGGUCACUUAAAGGAAACAAGUAGAUAUUGAAGCCACUGAUUACACACUCUCAAACCAAAUGACACAGUGAAUUUAUACAGUGCAUGAUCAAUUGUAAACUAAAUCUUUUUGUAAG